GUGUAAUGAUUUUUGCCUCGCCCAUCCAGGUGACUGAGCAUCAUGAGCUUCUCUCGACCAGAGGCGCGCUUCAAGCCAUGCUGGGGCAGGGUCUAUUUGCCCCACGGGCUCAAAUGCCCGACCAGUAUCGGCAUGUCCGCCACAUUCGCUUGAUCCACUGUUUGAUAAACAGAUAUCACGACCGCCUCGUCGACCUGACUUGAACCACCCAAGAGAAAACAUGUGCCAACCGAACAACAGAAGACGAGGAAGCGAGAAGUAACAAGGGCCAGGGCAGUACUAAAUCCCACUCAUUUUCAGCCUGACCAAUGGGUGCUAGCUUUGGCCACCUAUCGCAUCGAACUUUCGUCGUCCCUCCAGAAUGGCGAAGCUCAGACAACAUCCAUUAUUUUGGUAUAUUCAAAACCUCAAAUUCUUCCAAUGCUUUUACCUGGAAGGCAAGGCCAUGCAAGCCCAUGCAAGGCCAUGCCUUCUCAUAAACCCAAGUACGGGGUAGAUCAAGCCAGCCUGCCGGCUAACCAACCAGCCACCUGCUCCGGAACCAAGCAACUGGUACGGAUAUUCUAUUUUCUUCCCUUACUUUAGGACAAGUGAGGGCGAAGUCAAGAACAUCGGCAGCAGCCCAGCCAG